AUGGCACCCAGAGGAGAGUUCAUCGAAUACAAGAGGCUGUUCGCGCUUAUUCAAAAGACGAGACAACCUGAAGUCAGCGAAGAAACCAUACCUGAGCUCCUCACACCGCUAAACAUCGAUGACGGUCAAUUCACAUUCAAAUCGAGCACAAGCCAGGAAAAUCGCCAGAUCUGCCGAGCUCAGGUUAUGAAAGAGAUCGAAGUGAUGCUUAUGCGGAACCCCGAACUCUCUUUGUCUUUGGAUCGACUAAGAACAGCCACAACUCACAAGGUGAUCGAGCUGUGCGAAUUCAACAUGCUCCUCGAAAUGUACGGUCUUGAAGAAGCAUUCCGGCCAUUCCAUCAACGUCUCGUUUCCAGUUUCCUCACACAUGACAAUAAAAUUCAUUUUUCCGCCUUUGUCGGAUGUUUGGCGCUUGUUCAACCUCCAAUACGACAAUCUGCUCCGGCUGCUCCUAUUGCACCAUGGAACAAAGCUCCCUUAGGUCCGAUUACGGCGAAGCGGAAAACUAGUCAACAUGGCUCCGAUCCUCUCGAGAGUUUGGCUCGUGUAUGGUCAUGUUCUCGAUGUGGUUGGCUUCUGGGACUUAUACAUAUCAUUCUGGGAGUGUUAAUCACUUUGUUCGAUUUGCUUACCAGCCCCGUCACCGACAAUUCUUAUGUGAUCUCUGCUGCUAUUCUCUACAUCAUUUGCGGAAUAUUAUGCCUUAUCGCGACAAGGAGAGUAGAUCGAUGCACUCAACUUCUGUUGAUGGUUUUCGCAUCUGCGACAUUACUCAUUUCAACGGCAAUCUUCAUCGAAUGUGCCGUCAUUCUGAACAGCACAUGCCGUACGGAACACUGUGAUGAGCAGCAACUCGUCAUGCAUUCCAUCCUAGUCUUCAUCAGUCUCAGUGAAUUUCUAACCAGCUACGCCACUCUCAUCGUCUCGUUCCGUUCUCUGUAUGGUGCAGUUGCGGUCAAUCGUGCUAAUUCGCCGUACAGUACCCUUAUCAUCGGCGACUACAAUAAGUUGAAGAGGCCGGCCCGUAUUAUCAAGCCACGAUUUUACAACAGACCUCCAAAGUCCGAUGAGCCGAUGACAUCCAUUGCAAAAUAUUGA